UAAUAUAGUUUUGCAAGAAGCUUAAAGAGAUGUCUCAUGAUGUUUUAACUCAAACUCCUACAACGCAUAUCAGGAGUUUAUAUCUUGAUAAAAAGAGCAACGUAGAGUUUGGUGUCAAUGAAACUUUUUUAGAUGAACAACAAACUAAUGAACAAAGAUUGCAACCUAAUAACAAAAGCGUAUUUUUGUCAGAUUUAGCGCUCAACGAAAAACCUGAAGAGGAAAGAGGAAUUUUAAAAAAGAUUGAAGAAAGCCGUAAGGAAAGACAUGAUGAUGUAAUUGAAGUUAUGAAUCAAGAACUUGCUUUUAUAAGUUUGGAAUUGGAAAGUCAUGUUGAAGAUGCCUGCAAAUCUACCAAAUCUUAUUUAGACAAUAAUACUGAAGAUAUUGACAGCAUUCUUGAUCGAAUAAGAGAUAAUGAGAAUUUGAUGAAACUCAGUAUGAAUAAUUUGAAAAUGUUGUGGAAUUUGAUUGAAAAACAUUCAGUGAAACGAAGCAUGAGAAUUAAUCAGCUUGGAGAGUCUUUGGAAAAUAUUGAAAUAAAUCGUGCAAAAUUGGUAACUGACAUGUUACAUACUUGUUGUAAAAAACUCAAUGGUAUAGCUUACAUAAAGCCUGUUGAAGUCUACAAACUUUUGGAAGAUAAAGCCAUGGAAAUUAAUAUGUCAAUUCUGCAAAAUCAUAAAUCAUAUACUGAGCUUAUUGGUCGACUUCUAACAGUUGAUGUUGAAAAGGAAAACAAUCAAAAGAUUUUUUGGGAAAACAAAGUCAAAGUAUGGAAAAAUACAAAAUUGUCAGCAAUCACAGAAAUGCAUAAGGAUUUUAUGUCCAGUGAAUCAAUUAUUAACUCACCAAUAAUCUCAAGUUACUUGGAAAAGCUUCUUUAUGAACAGGAAUCAUUUAAUGUAAAAAGAUUAAACAUUUUAGACCAAUUAAGAGAAAUUGUACCACCAUUUUGCUCAGAGACAGCUGUGUACCAGUGGAGCCACGAUGUUACAUUAGCAACACAAAAUAUUGAUAAUGUGCAAAACAAAUACAAAUCUUUGAUUCAACAGGAACAGCAAAAUAUCCUUUGUUUAUGUGAAGAUUACAUAACCAAGACCAAGAAUGAGCUUGUUAAAGAAGAGAUAGUCAAUGAAACAAACAUUGAGGAGUUAGCAAACAAUAUUUUUUACCCAUUGCUCUGGGAAAGAAAGGCAUUAUUUUCAAAGCAGUUAGAAAAGCUUGAAAGUUGUAUCCUUAAUGCUUCAGCAAAGCACAAGCAAAAUUUAUCACUUUUGUUUGAAUAUGUGCAUGGCGCUGCUCAUAUAUGGAGUAAUCAUGAAUCAGAAGUUUGUGAAAAAAAACAAAGACUGCAACAAUACUUAGAUGGAAAUCGUCAAAGACAUGAUAAAGAAAAUAAAGCAAAAGAAUGCAUGCUUGAUACAAUUCUUGAUAAAAUGCGUCAAGGUUCUACUAAUGAGAUGCUUGCAGAAAGUCUUAAACAAACAAUUGAGUUAUUGGAGUUUAUAAAAAAGAGCUACUAUGAAUUUCACAAACAACAACAAACAAUUUGUGAGAGAUUUCCAAAGAUGUACAUAAAGGAGUUGAACAAAUAUUCUAGUGAAAUAUGUGCUUAUUUUGGUGUUGAUAUAAGUGAGGACUCUGGUAACUUUUUAAACGAUUUUUCUGAAAUUUGUCAAAAAAACAUGAAUCCAAAUUUUGAAUAUUUUUCUGGAGUGAUUGAAAACAAUUUAAGCUUUGAUAAUAUUUCUUUGGUUUCUAAUCAACCAGGUGACAAUCAAGAUUUUAAUCUGGCAGAGCAACAGUGUCAUUUUAAUGUUCAACCAUAUAUUAAAUCUUUUGAAAUUCCUACUAAAGUAUUUGCUGAACUUAAAUCAUGGUUUUUUACUAAAUUUAUGGAAAACCUAAAAAAUCUUAAAGAAAAUUCAAAAGAUCAUGCUCUUCUUCAUAUGAAUGAGAAGAUACUUGAAAUAGACAAUGAACUUGAGUUCAGGCUGCAGCUUCAUAAUCCUAGACAAAAUAAUUGUAAAAAAGAUAUACAUGAUGUUCGUACAGCUGAACUUUCUGCACAUUCAGCAAGAGUUUCUGAACACAACACAGCAGUGAUUGAAUCUAUUGCAUUAGUAAAGAGAAAAGUUCAGGAGGUUCUUUACAAUCCUAAAAAGCAGAGAGAUCUUUUUUUAUCUUCAAUGGAUAACCUAGAAGAAUCUUUAAGCAAAGUGGCUCAUAUAAAUGAAUUUAAUCAGGUUCAAGUGAAAUGCAUAGAGCGCUUAAACCAGGUUUCACAAAUAAUUAGUAAAUCUAUCUCAGAACUGCGAACUGAAUGCAUUAAUAUCUUAAACAAGUCAAGAAGUGCAAACACUGAAUUCUGCAAUUCCAUGCGCUUAUUUUCCGAAGGUGGAAACUUUUCCUAUGAUGAAACUGUGGCAUUAAAAAAGAAAUUAGCAAAAAUGGUUCGUAAAAUGAAUUUAUCAGAGAGUAAAGUGAUAAAAAAAUUAGAUUUAUUGGAACAAAGGAGAGAAGGGUUUGCCAAAGAAUUUGCUCAAUGUUUUCAAGAAAGAUUUAGCUAUCAUUUUGCUGAUGUUUCUUUUGUGGAGAAGACAAAGUGCAGUUUGAGAGGUAUUCAGUUGAAAAUUAAAAGUGAGAUGGCUAAAUGUAGUUCUCAAGGCAUCAAUGUUAAGGAGAAGAUUUUAGCAUUUGGUCAACAAAUUGAAAGUUUCAAUAAGAAACCAACUGCUGAGACAGAUUUGUUAAAAGUAGAAAUUCACAAAGUUCUUCCUUCUUUAUUUCUAUCAAUUCAAGAGAGAAUUAAUUAUUUGGACUAUUUCAAUAAAACUAAAGAGACUAAUAAUAACAUCUCCAUGGUGAGUUCUCAAGAAACCAAACAAUUGUCUUCAGAUUAUAAUUCUUCAAGUUUAUCUCAAUCUAUUGCUUUGGAGAAAACUACAAACAACCGUGAUUUUAAACUAAUACCAUAUACCCCCAGUGAAACUGAAGUAAUAAUAACUGAAUGCAAAAAGAUAUUUUUGACAAUCAAUAAAGAUUCACAAGAAAAAAAAACUCAAUUUUAUUCAGAAGUGGCUUAUUUGUUGCAAACUGGCUUAGAUGAACUCUUAUUAUCAGCAGAAUUAUAUUAUCGACAGAGGGCACAGCGUCCUUCAACAAGACAAAAAGAUAUCAAAGAAACCUUUGAAGAGUGUGCAACUUUAUUUAUACAGAAGUUAAAAAACUUCAGAGAACAGGCUGAUAAAUUUGCUUUUAGUUGUGUUCAAGAGCUUCAAUCACAAGUUUGUUUUUUUAUGAUAUAUGCUCGCAUGUUACCAGAACUAUUUGUGCAGAGUUUAUACUCAACCCAAAAAGUUGAAUUUAUAAAAGGAGAGGAGUUAAUCAAAAAUUCUUUUUUAAAAAAGCAAGAUAUUAAUACAAAUUUACGGCGAGAGCAUCAAACACUGCUUCGUCCUACCCUCGGUCAUCCAAACAAUGAAACUGAAAUGAGAAAGCUUUGUGAUUCGGAAUUAAAGAGACAAAAUGAGAAUUUGAAAACCAUAGACAACUAUCACCAUAGCAUAGAAGGUUCCAUUAAAUUACAUGUGAAAUCUUUUGUUAGCCGUUUUCAAGAUAUCAUUGUUAUUUUACUGAAACAAUUUGAUGAAGCAGUGAAUUUAGAAAUUAUUGCAGCAGCUGUUAAAACAAAAACUGAAAAAGAACUUUUGAAAGAAAAUUUGAUAAAAAGUAAACAUAAGCAAUCCAAUAAAGGUUUAGAUGUGGAGAUAAUGAACUAUUUUUAUUGCGAUAAUAACGAUAAAAAAUUAGCGAUACCACAGACAACUUCAGUUCACGAAUUGGUUACAAAGUCACGCGACAAGAUAUUCAAAAAAAUUUACGAAGAACUUACAAUAAAACAGCACGAAGUUGAUGAGAUGUGCUGUAGACUACGUUCUGAUGAAGAAAUGUGGAUCAAAAAUUGGAAUUCAUCUGUAAAAAAGAUUAAAGAUCUUUAUUAAGAUCAUUUAAAUAAGAAUAUGAAUCGCAUAUUUAAA